AUGGAUUCCGAAUUUCCCUCUUUUCAAAAUGAUAAAAUGUUUUCAUCGAAUGAGACUGAAAAUGAUCUAUUAAAUUUUUAUACUACAAAUUUUGACGGCUUAAGCCCAAUGUUGGAUAAUUUGGAUUUUUCUGUAAAUUCUAAUAACGAUACACAGAAAGGGAAAUCGUUCGAUGUACCACUAGCAAUGUCUACUCAGCGAGAUUCCUAUAAUGUGAUACCGGGUCUUGAAAGUGACGGGACUCCUGGUUCUUCAAUUUCGAGUUUAUCGCCACAGUCUCCUUCUGGAAUUUUAUCAAACUCAACGAUAAAUUCAUUUGAGCAAUCACCUAGCAAUGAUUUGAAUUUGCCAGAAAAGCGGAAAGCAUCUGUUUCGGUUCCAAGUACUACCAUCAAUAGCAAAAAAAAGCAAUCAGCCUCUACAAAGCCGACUCCUAAAAGGCCUGGCCGUAGAAUCAACCCAAAUGAACCAGAGAGUAAACGAAAAGCACAAAACAGAGCUGCUCAACGAGCAUUUCGCGAAAGAAAAGAAAGACAUUUGAAGGAUUUGGAACAACGUGUAGAGGAACUGGAGAAUGAAGCUCAAGAGACUAACACUGAAAAUGAGUUUUUAAGGAAACAAGUUGAAAGAUUGCAAAAUGAACUUCGAAAGUUUAGAAAUGGAAAAUAUUCUGUCCAAGAAACAGGUCAAAGUAUAACACCUGCUUUUCCUGAUGCAAAAUUUACCUUUGAAUUCCCUUUUUUCCAAGGUUCAUCCGGCCCUGUGGAUGGCGAGAAUCAGAGUAAUGAACAAUCUCAGUUGACAUAUCAUAACAAAUCACCAUCUGGUAGUAUAUCCUCGGGAGAAAGUUAUAAUGCUACAUCUCAAUUAACUUCCGACACUUCAAGCUGUGGAACAGAACCUAAAGAGGAUUCAUUUUGCGAACAGUUAAAUCUUGCAUGUGGAAACAGAGAAAAUCCUAUCCCUAAAUACAAGUCUGUUAAUCCACUUAUUAUAUCAACACCAGACGUCUCCGGUACCUCUAAUAUAACUAAUGAUACACUUUCGGCGUCACCUGUUCCCAAAUUGACCAUAAAAAAAGAAGUUUCAUCGUCUUUUGAGUUAGACUUUUUGUCUGAUUAUAAGGACCAAGUAUUUGAUUCAGAUCUUCUGUCAUUUGCUGAUUCCUCGAAAUCUAUAAGUGUUUUUGAUUCGAUUCCAUCUGUUCAAUCAAAUACUAGUGAAAAUUCUAUAGCUUUGAAUGAGCCCCAGUUUGAUAGUGAUGAUAACGACGAAGACAAUGAGGUUCCUGCCCCAUCGAAGCUUAUGACUUGUACCGCUGUAUGGGAUAGAAUAAGUUCCCACCCAAAGUUUGCAGAUUUAGAUAUAGAUGGUCUUUGUGCUGAACUUAGAACAAAAGCAAAGUGUUCUGAAAGUGGUGUUGUUCUUACUGAAAGUGAUGUCAAUAAAGUUCUUUCUUCUUUGAAGUAA